GCGCACCAACCGUCGCAUAACUUUCGUUCAACACUGUACCCGGCGGCGGCCGCGACUCUAGCUUUCGAAUGUGUUUACCAAGCUCACCGAAGUAGGCUACUACCGCUUAGCGUCGGCAUCGGUCUUCGCAGGUGAACAGCGCGCGUGAGCGGAUCCGGCGGUUGUAAAUUUACCUUACUAUCGCGCUUUACCACACACACUCACACACCCAGCAGCCCCUCGGAGGGUAGCAGCGAAAUUUUGCUCCACAAACUACGAGCGCACUUACCAGUCAGUGUGCACAGCGACAGUCGAAACAGCAGCUAGCAGCAGCCAAGUCGGACAAGCGCAGAGGAGCGCAGGCCGAAAAUCAUCUGCCCAUCAUCCUAUUCGAACGGAGGGGGUUUUUGGUCGCUGUUCUUGAUCACGCUGGCUGGCUGGUCCCCUUUAGCAAGCAACCUUGAUAAGGUGUAACCGAAGUCGGCAAGCGGUGGAUGGAUCCGGACCACCGGAGGUGACCUUUGACACACCACCACCGCGUAAAGAGAAAACACGAUCACGGUAUCGAGACAAUAUCGUCGGUGGAAGAAGGCCACGCAAGGAAGGUCAUCAGUCGUGGAACGCUAUCAGUAUUGAUUGGAUUAUCAUUGCACCGAAACGGCCAGAGCGACGCGUUUGUUGGUGCGUGUGCAUCAGUGUGCAUCCAGCAGCAGUCACAAAGCAGUGGCCAUACGAACACACGAAGGUUCGACAGCAAGGCAGAACAAAAAAAAAGAAAAACAACCAAACGCGAACACACAAAAACAUUCGAGCGGGGAGAGCAGGUUUCGCUUUUAAUUGCAAACAAAGUAGGCAGGGUAGAGGAUCGCCAGGGUGCCUGCAAGAGUGCCGAAUCGAAAGUGAACAAGCAGUACGGCACGGUUACAGUCGGUGUUUCGAUUGUGCAGUUGUAUGAAGGGGAGUGAUUCGAAGAAAGAGUGGUAUAAUACGUUUUAAUCGUGCGUCAUGUGUAUACUGUUUGUGUACGUGGACGACGGUUCCGUCGCAGGGCGGUACCGGUUGGUGCUGGCAUCGAAUCGGGACGAGUUCUAUGCCCGACCGGCCAAGCUGGCCGCACCGUGGGAAGAAAACGCCCGCAUCAUAGGAGGCCGUGAUAUGGAGCCAGGUCGCGAGGGUGGUACUUGGCUCGCGAUCGGUAACCAUCCCGCGGGGCAGAUUAAGCUCGGUGCGCUGCUAAACGUUACUGGCGAAAAUAAGGCCAACGUUACCAAUGGCCGGGGACCGAUCGUGGCUAACUUUCUGAAGGGCGAGCUGGCCAGCCGCGCGUACAGCGAGCAGUUGCUGGCGCAGGACAACUUUGGAGCGUUCAAUUUCGUGUCGAUCCAGCUGGACGCGAAGGGCUCGGAUCGUUCGGAGGGUCGGAACCAGCCCGGCGGUACCGUGUUGCACACGAGCAAUGCACCGCACAGUAUUGACACGUGCAAGACCGGGCAGGCGCUUGGAUUUGGCAACAGCACGCUGGAGAAACCGCUGCAGAAGGUUUGCCGCGGAAGGGAACGGUUCGACGAGAUCGUGGCGAGAUGCAACGUGCCGUUUGCGGACAAGGAUGCGUUGGUGCAUGAGCUGAUGGAACUGUUAAAGAGCGAUGUCCGACACUUUCCGGACCCAGAAUUGACACGGCGCGCUGGACAGCAUGCGGAAUUUCUUUCGAGUGUUAAUGUGCGCAUGCCCAACGGUAGCUAUGGCAGCCGAACGCACACCGUGAUCCUGAUCGAUCAUAACAAUCACAUGGAGUUUAUCGAGCAAACUUUGAGCGGCACCGAUCCACACACGGGCGAAUGGAUAACGACGCGCAUUGAGCGGGAAUUAGUGUAACGUAGGAUCGAACCAUACCAUACCAUGCAUGCUAAUACCCAACUAGGUAGGAUAAUAUCAUCUGACUUUGAUAUAGACAAAUAGGUUAGCCUUCUAUAUUCAAUUUAUAAACAACUUCUGACGAAAGAGGGAAGUCACAAUGU